GGUGGGGCAAAACCAAAAACAAUAAUCGAAGCACGAAUAAACACCGAGUUUUAGCUUGCAAAUCAUGGAUUUUUCUUCAAAGGAAACACCAUGAUUAGAUUUCUUUUAUUUAGAGAUGAAAAAGGUGCAUAAUAAUUCAUGUUUGUCAUUCUCAAGUUUCAUCGUCGUCGUCCCACCACCAUCUAGCUCUUUAGGGUUUAGGGUUGUUUGAUUGUUUCCAGUUUCUCUUCAAAAUGUAUCCUUCACACAGCAAUGGCUGCUGUAGUGACCCAAUGGCUCAUAGCGACCAUUCAUGUCUUCUCCACGCACACGUCGCAACAGAUCCCUCACUUCCCUUCUUCAAUUUCCCCUCUCCUUAUUACAACCAAUGUGAGUUACAAGUACCGCAAGCCCAUGAUGUUUUCCUCCAACACGACCGUGAUCUGUUACUUCAUAACCAGACCUUGAUGGAGGCUGAUUCUGUCUCGGCCGGCACCAUCAUUAACGUGCCUGGUUCCUGCAAGAACGAGGAGUACUACUCGGGCAUAGACUGCAGUACCAAAAAGAGCCACGAUGUGACUCAAGUGGUGGUGCAGGAGCAGACACCCAGGAAGAGAUCGUCGUCUUCCAAGGGAGAUCGACACAGCAAGAUUAACACGGCGAACGGACCGAGAGACCGGAGAAUGAGGCUGUCGCUGGAUGUUGCAAGGGAGUUCUUCGGCCUGCAAGACAUGUUGGGCUACGACAAGGCUAGCAGAACAGUCGAAUGGUUGCUGAUACGGGCGAGGGAAGAAAUAAAGAAGCUAGCGGGAACCCCUGUUUCGAAGACGAACAACAGCGUCGCGGCUGCCGUGAAGAGCCCGUCUUCAACGUCGGAGGGUGAGCUUGUAUCCACGGCGGAACCUAAUGCAAUAGAGAAAAGGGUUAAACAACAAACUAAAACCACUUUCAAUCCUCUUGCAAGAGAUUUGAGGUACAAGGCGAGGGCGAGGGCGAGGGCAAAGGAGAGAACAAAAGCAAAGAAGACGUGGACUCAAAAUCAACGGGGUUCCCUUGAAAGUGCCGGUGAAGAAUCCGGCAACACUCAACAGGACGCCGUAGCCGAGGUUGAAGAACUCGGCUCUCGAGACAUCAAGCACUUAAGCAUUCACGAAGAUAUGAUUGAUGAAUCUUCGGCACUUAUUAAUAAAUGGAGCCCCAAUUCGAUGCUCAAUUGUCUACAAAACUCUGGAAUUGACCAUGAGCAUCAACUCACAGGCUUUCUGUCAUUUGGCAAACCAUGGGAGACCUACAACAAUAACAAUCUAUGAAAACGUGGUUUUCGAGGGGGCAUUGGAUAAUGUUUAGAGGCAUCAUGCACUAUAUAUUGUGCUUACUUCUCUAUGGUAUGUAAUAUGCACGGUAUGAACAAGCUUUUCAUUUUUGGGAUUUUGCUGUGAGCUGAUCUUUUAAUUGUCAAUGAUGUUAUGAUUUCCCUUGUUUACUUCAUAUACAGUAUCCUAAUUAGAACA